CACAACCGAAUAUUAACCAUUAAGUAUACCUCUGAAUCAGUAUGAUCGUAGAUAUUUCACAACAUCAAAUUUAAUUUUUAGAGUAAAUCUAGUGAAAUAUUAAACUCGUGUUAUUCUAAAAGUAGAUUUUAUUUUACACUAAGAGUCAUAUAACAGACCUAAUAAGAUCGAAUUUAUGAAGCAUAUGUAAAAAGAUAAUGUGAUGUGAUGGGUAAAUUAUUAUUAACCACAUCAAUUAAAAUCGCGAUAUAGAAAAUAAAUAUUUACUAUGGCUGACAGUGAAGGAAGCUCAGAACAAGAUGAUGUAUCAUUCCUACGGACGGAAGACAUGGUGUGCCUUUCAUGUACGGCUACCGGGGAACGUGUUUGCCUUGCAGCUGAAGGAUUUGGUAACAGACAUUGUUUUUUGGAAAACAUUGCAGACAAGAAUAUUCCUCCAGAUUUAUCUCAAUGCGUUUUUGUUAUCGAACAAGCUUUAUCCGUUCGAGCUUUACAAGAAUUAGUUACCGCAGCUAGUUCUGAAGAAGGAAAAGGUAAUACUGGUUCUGGCCAUAGAACAUUAUUGUAUGGUAAUGCCAUCUUGUUACGCCAUCAAAAUAGUGAUAUGUAUUUGGCUUGUCUUUCAACAAGUUCAUCUAACGAUAAACUAUCUUUUGAUGUUGGUUUGCAAGAACAUUCGCAAGGUGAAGCAUGUUGGUGGACCGUUCAUCCUGCUUCUAAACAAAGAUCAGAGGGAGAAAAAGUGCGAGUUGGAGAUGACUUGAUUUUGGUUUCAGUAGCUACUGAAAGAUAUCUUCAUACCGCUAAAGAAAAUGAGCUAUCCGUAGUUAAUGCUUCAUUUCACGUGACCCAUUGGUCAGUACAACCAUAUGGUACUGGAAUUAGCCGAAUGAAAUACGUAGGUUAUGUAUUUGGAGGGGAUGUGCUAAGGUUUUUUCACGGUGGUGAUGAAUGUCUUACUAUACCAUCCACUUGGAAUGCUGAUAUUCCUGGACAAAACAUAGUUAUAUAUGAAGGCGGUAGCGUAAUGAGUCAGGCGAGAUCGUUAUGGCGAUUAGAAUUAGCCAGAACUAAGUGGGCGGGUGGAUUUAUCAACUGGUGUCAUCCAAUGCGUAUCAGACAUUUAACUACGGGUAGAUAUUUAGGUGUAAAUGAAAAUAAUGAAUUAUUCUUAGUAUGCAGAGAGGAAGCAACAACUGCUUCUUCAGCAUUUUUCUUAAGACAAGAAAAAGAUGAUCAAAAAAUUAUACUUGAAGACAAAGAUCUAGAAGUCAUUGGUGCACCUAUAAUUAAGUAUGGUGAUAGCACAGUAUUGGUACAGCAUUCUGAUACUGGUUUGUGGUUAACCUAUAAGUCAUAUGAAACCAAAAAGAAAGGUGUGGGUAAAGUGGAAGAAAAGCAAGCUGUGCUGCACGAAGAAGGAAAAAUGGAUGACGGGUUAGACUUUAGUAGAUCCCAAGAGGAAGAGUCUAAAACAGCUAGGGUUAUUCGAAAAUGUUCAUCAUUAUUCACACAAUUUAUUUCGGGAUUAGAAAAUCUCCAAACUAAUGGGCGAUCAUCAAUGUUUUGCUCAUUCGUAAAUCUCAACGAAAUGGUGAUGUGUUUAGAAGAUUUAAUUAAUUACUUCGCUCAACCAGAAGAAGACAUGGAACAUGAAGAAAAGCAAAACAGGUUUAGAGCAUUAAGAAAUAGACAAGAUUUAUUUCAAGAGGAAGGCAUACUAAAUUUAAUUCUAGAAGCUAUCGAUAAAGUAAAUGUAAUAACUUCACAAGGUUUUAUGGUUAAUUUAGCUGGAGAUGAAUCUGGACAAAACUGGGAGGUUAUUUCCGGCUACUUAUAUCAACUUUUGGCUGCUAUUAUUAAAGGAAAUCACACUAAUUGUGCUCAGUUUGCUAAUACAAAUCGAUUAAACUGGUUGUUCAGUCGAUUAGGAUCACAGGCUUCAAGCGAAGGUACUGGUAUGUUGGACGUAUUACAUUGUGUUCUUAUUGAUUCCCCCGAAGCUUUGAAUAUGAUGAAGGAUGAACAUAUUAAAGUAAUUAUUUCUCUAUUGGAAAAGCAUGGUCGCGAUCCUAAAGUUUUGGAUGUUUUAUGUUCAUUAUGUGUCGGUAAUGGUGUAGCUGUAAGGAGCUCACAAAAUAAUAUUUGUGAUUUCUUGUUACCAGGAAAAAAUUUACUUCUUCAAACUCAACUUGUUGAUCAUGUAGCAAGUGUUCGACCAAACAUUUUUGUUGGAUAUGUUAGUGGGUCAGCUAUUUACCGUAAAUGGUAUUUUGAGGUUGCCAUUGAUCAUGUAGAGCAAACUACACAUCUAAGCCCCCAUAUUAGGAUUGGCUGGGCAAAUACAGCUGGAUAUGUACCAUAUCCUGGCGGAGGCGAAAAAUGGGGUGGUAAUGGAGUAGGAGACGAUUUAUACUCUUUUGGAUUCGAUGGCGUUCAUUUAUGGACAGGAGGGUGCAAAUCUGAAGCAAUGCCAGGAGCUCAAUCUCCUUUUAUCAAGAAAUCCGAUUUAAUUGGGUGUGCUCUGGACUUAACAAUUCCCAUCAUCACAUUUACUUUAAAUGGUCAACUUGUUCAAGGCGCAUUUAGAGAUUUUAACUUGGAUGGCAUGUUUUUUCCUGUCAUAAGUUGUUCCUCUAAAAUUAGUUGUCGAUUCUUGCUCGGUGGUGACCAUGGUCGACUUAAAUUUACUCCUCCUGAUGAAUUCUCUCCUCUUUUUGAAAGCUUAUUACCACAACAAAUUUUAACAAUUGAUCCAUGCUUUUAUUUUGGAAACCUUAAUAAAUGCGUUUUAACUGGACCAUGGUAUGUAGAAGAUGACACAGCUUUUGUUCCAAAUCCAGUGGAUACGUCAAUGAUAACUCUACCCAGCUAUAUAGAAAAUAUCAAAGAUAGAUUAGCAGAGAACAUACACGAGAUGUGGGCAAUGAAUAAAAUUGAAACUGGCUGGCAGUUUGGAGAAAUACGAAAUGAUUCUAGAAAAUUCCACCCUUGUUUGACCCAAUUUAACAAGCUUCCAGCAGCGGAAAAACGAUAUGAUACUCAACUAGCUGUACAAACGCUUAAGACCAUAAUUGCUUUGGGCUACUACAUAAGUACAGAUAAUCCACCUUCUCGUAUCAAAACUCUUCGACUACCGAGUGAACCGUUUAUGCAAUCCAAUGGCUACAAACCCGCUCCUUUAGAUCUAUCUGCUAUAGCACUUUCUGGUAAAAUGGAAGAGCUUAUUGACCAAUUAGCUGAGAACACCCAUAAUCUUUGGGCCAAAGAGAGAAUACAACAAGGCUGGACUUACGGUUUAAAUGAAGACAUGCAAAUGUUACGCAGCCCUCAUUUGGUACCAUAUAGUAAAGUUGACGAUGCUAUAAAAAAAGCAAAUAGAGAUACAGCUAGUGAAACUGUUCGAACGUUAUUGGUAUAUGGCUAUAACUUAGAUCCACCUACAGGAGAAACAAACGAAGCAACUCUCAUGACGGAAGAAAUAGUUAACAGAUAUUUAACAUUCAGAACAUAUCGUGCAGAAAAAACAUAUGCCGUUUCCAGUGGUAAAUGGUAUUUUGAAUUUGAAAUUCUAACUAAUGGACCUAUGAGAGUUGGCUGGGCGAAAUUUGAUUGUAUUCCUGGCUAUCAAAUUGGCAGUGAUGAGAAUUCUUGGGCAUUUGAUGGCUAUAAUGAAGAAAAAAUAUACAUGGGAACUGCAGAAUCAUUUGGACGGCAAUGGCAAGUUGGAGAUAUAGUCGGAGUAUUUUUGGAUUUAAUGGACCACACAAUAAGCUUUUCCUUAAAUGGAGAAUUAAUGAUGGAUACUUUAGGUGGUGAAACAACAUUUUCUGAAGUUCAAGGUGAAGGUUUCGUGCCUGCCUUUACACUAGGAUUAGGACAAAAAGCAAAACUUACUUUUGGCCAAGAUGUUAACUCCCUAAAAUUUUUCACAACUUGUGGGCUUCAAGAAGGUUAUGAACCGUUUUGUGUAAAUAUGAAGCGACCAGUUACUUAUUGGUAUACUAAGGACCAACCAAUUUUUGAAAAUACAGAUGAUUUCCCAUCAGUUAUUGAUGUUACUAGGAUACCUGCUGGCUCAGAUACACCACCUUGCUUAAAAAUUAGUCACAAUACAUUUGAAACAAUGGAAAAAGCUAAUUGGGAAUUUUUACGACUUUCAUUACCUGUUAUUUGUCUUCCCACUUUCAUCGACGAGCAAGAAAAACAAAGACGUUGGCAGGAAAUAAGAAUAAGACAACACCGACUUCUUUCGCAAUCUGAACAUGCUACACCCGCUCAUAUUGAACAAAUUAUGAAGUCCGGUUUUUCGAUGAGUGAUAUUAAAGGUCUUCAUCGUUACUCUGAUGAUCCUGUUGAAAAUGAAGAGCUGAUGGCCAAUUCAAUGCCACUACCACCCAGAGGUAAAAAUCAACCACCACCACCUAGACCUCCUAGAAAAGGAUCAUUAUCAAGACAUGAUGAAUUAAUUGUUGAAAAUGGGAUUAAAAUGAGUCGUUCAUCCAGUGAAAUAGAUUUUACCAUGUAUAAUCAGCAGAAACAAGAGGGACACCAUAGAACCAAAGAAGAUAAAAAGAAAAGAGGCCGAUCACCAUUUCGUUUUUUUUCGAGAAAAAAAGAUGGGCCGGGAGAUAUUCCAAAAAGAGCAAAAACCCCAGAUCCUGGUAGAAACACUGAUAGGUCACGACAACUUCAUAGGCCUAGUACACUAAAUGAACGAAUAACUCCUCAAAUAAGAGUGUCGCAAGCUGACCUAAAACUGGUCCCACCAGCAAUACCUGACAGGCCUAGUGGACCUAAAGCAAUGUCAUUUACACCCACCAACUCUGGAAUUGAAUAUAUAGGAAAUGAGAUAUUUGAUUCUGAAUGUUUGAGAUUGAUUAACGAAUAUUAUUAUGGCGUAAGAAUAUUUCCUGGUCAAGACCCAACUCAUGUAUAUGUAGGAUGGGUAACCACACAGUAUCACUUACAUAGUAAAGACUUUAGUCAAAACCAUGUACGUAAAAGUACUGUUACUAUCGUUGACGAACAUAACAGAAUUUUAGAAAGUAUUGAUCGUCAGAGUUGCUAUAUGGUCCGAUCGGAUGAGCUUUAUAAUGAAGUGACUAAUGACUCUUCAGGUAAAGGUGCAUCCCAAGGAAUGACUGUUGGUUGUUUUAUUGAUACAGCAACUGGAUUAAUGUCAUUUACAUGUGAGGGUAAAGAUACUAGUGUUAAGUUCAAGAUGGAACCGGGAAUUAAAAUUUUCCCUGCAAUAUUUGUCGAAGCUAGUAGCAAAGAAAUAUUACAAAUUGAGUUAGGCAGAACGUCAACUACACUACCUCUAUCAGCAGCUGUUCUACAAAACUCUGAUCGCCAUGUUAUUCCGCAGUUUCCGCCCAGAUUAAAAGUACAAUGUUUAAGACCAUACCAAUGGGCAAGAGUUCCUAAUAAUUCUCUUCAUAUACAUACUUUGAAAUUAUCAGAUAUUAGAGGAUGGAGUAUCCUUUGCGAAGACCCGGUAUCAAUGCUUGCUUUGCACAUUCCCGAAGAAGAUAGAUGCAUUGAUAUAUUAGAACUGAUUGAAAUGGAAAAACUAUUGUCCUUCCAUGCCCACACAUUAACACUGUAUGCUGCAGUUUGUUAUCAAGCAAAUUAUCGAGCAGCUCACAUAUUAUGUACACAUGUUGAUCAAAAACAACUUUUAUAUGCGAUAUGUUCAGAGUACAUGUCGGGUCCGCUACGACAAGGAUUCUAUGAUUUACUGAUUGCUUUACAUUUAGAAUCGCAUGCCACAACAAUGGAAGUAUGUAAAAAUGAAUAUAUUGUACCCCUUGGACACGAGCUAACUGACUUAUAUGAAGAUCCCACAAUGGGACAUAGCUUACGGUCUCUACAAACUGAGUCUAUUCGUCCACAAAUGAAAAUGUCUGAGAUUACAGAUUCAAUCGAAAAUGUUCGAAAUCUUUACAGUCCAUACUUCCCUUUACAAAUCGUAAGAGAAUAUGUUAUGUCAGCACUUGAAGAAGCAGUUUCAGUUAAUCAAGUUCACAAUAGAGAUCCAAUAGGUGGUUCCAAUGAAAACUUAUUUUUACCACUUCUAAAACUUGUUGAUCGACUUUUAUUAGUCGGGAUGCUGCGAGAUGAAGAUGUUGAAAAAUUAUUAAUUAUGGUCAAUCCCGAAACAUGGGAUUCAAAUUUCCGUAAAGACGGUCCUGACGAACACAGAAAAGGUUUGCUACACAUGAAAAUGGCUGAAGGAGCAAAACUACAAAUGUGUUAUUUAUUACAUCACUUAUGUGAUAUUCAAUUGAGGCAUAGAGUUGAAUCCAUUAUCGCAUUUAGCUAUCAGUUUGUGAAUGACAUUCAAAUAGAUCAAUUGAGAAGGUAUAUUGAAAUUAAGCAAUCAGAUUUACCGUCAGCAUUGGCAGCAAAAAAAACUAGAGAAUUUCGUUGCCCACCUAGAGAACAAAUGAAUGCCAUUCUAAGUUUCAAACAUCUAGAUAAUGAUGACAAAGAAAAUUCUUUAAUUGGAGAUGAAUUACGAGAAAGAAUGAACUAUUUCAAUACUAAAUUAAUGGCACAAGUAUCUUUAGUGGCUUUGCAAGAACCAGAAGAAGAUCCAUCAGUAAUCAAUAAAACAAAAGAAGGUAAAAUGAAACAAUUUUAUAAUUUUAUAAGCGCAGUAAAAGACGAAGAAAACGAAGAAGAAUUAGAUGAACCACAAAAAAAAAUCCCAGAAGAAAUAUUUCGUAAAGUUUUGAUAUCUACAAUAGUAUCAUGGGCUGAAGAAACGCAAAUUGAAACGCCUAAGCUAGUUCGUGAAAUGUUUAGUUUAUUAGUUAGGCAAUAUGACAGUGUUGGAGAAUUAAUUCGAGCUUUAGAAAAAACAUAUGUUAUAAAUAGUAAAACAAAAGAGGAUGUAGCUCAAAUGUGGGUGGGAUUAAGUCAAAUCCGCUCUUUAUUACCCGUCCAGAUGUCACAAGAAGAAGAAGAACUUAUGCGUGAAAGACUUUGGAAAUUAGUCAACAAUCACACGUUUUUCCAACAUCCCGACUUAAUUAGAGUUCUUCGAAUGCAUGAAAAUGUAAUGGCUGUUAUGAUGAAUACACUUGGCAGAAGAGCUCAAGCGCAAUCUCAACCAGGCAGCAAUAGCCCUGUGACUGGACAAGAUGGAGAAAUUAUACCUAAAGAAAAAGACACAUCGCAUGAAAUGGUAGUGGCAUGUUGCCGAUUUUUAUGCUACUUUUGCCGUACUUCAAGACAAAAUCAAAAAGCCAUGUUUGAUCAUUUUUCAUUUUUACUAGAAAACAGUAAUAUUUUAUUAUCUAGACCAUCUCUACGUGGAAGUACCCCUCUAGAUGUAGCAUAUUCAUCUUUAAUGGAAAAUACAGAAUUAGCUCUGGCAUUGAGGGAGCAUUACUUAGAAAAAAUAGCUAUAUAUUUAUCUCGAUGUGGGUUGCAAUCAAACUCGGAACUUGUAGAAAAAGGAUAUCCAGAUCUAGGCUGGGAUCCAGUGGAAGGUGAAAGAUAUUUGGAUUUCCUUAGGUUUUGCGUAUGGGUCAAUGGAGAAAGUGUUGAAGAAAAUGCCAAUUUGGUUAUUCGAUUGCUAAUCCGACGGCCUGAAUGCUUAGGCCCCGCUUUAAGAGGUGAAGGCGAAGGACUUUUACAAGCCAUUAUUGAAGCUAAUAAGAUGUCAGAAAAAAUAGCUGAACGUAAAAAGUUUAUUGAAGAAUCUGGUAAUCAAGAAAAUGUGCAACUUGAACAUCCACUUCCAGAAUCCGAAGAAGAUGAAGAUUACAUCGAUACUGGUGCAGCAAUACUUAACUUUUACUGUACAUUAGUUGAUUUACUGGGAAGAUGUGCACCAGAUUUGUCCGUAAUAGCUCAGGGUAAAAAUGAAUCCUUGCGAGCACGAGCUAUUCUUCGUUCUCUUGUACCUCUUGAAGACCUACAUGGUGUUCUAAGCCUACGGUUUAUUCUACAAAAUCCAGCAGCUGGACAAGAUCGACCGAAAAGUGAUAUGCCAUCAGGAUUGAUCCCUGGACAUAAACAGAGUGUAGUUUUGUUUUUGGAACGCGUGUACGGCAUUGAGUCACAAGAGUUAUUUUUUACUUUGCUUGAAGAGGCUUUCUUACCUGAUCUACGUACUGCCACUAUGCUAGACAGAAAUGAUGGACUAGAAUCUGAUAUGGCACUUGCAAUGAAUAGAUAUAUUGGAAAUUCAGUAUUACCACUUCUUAUUGGACACUCCAAGUUUUAUAGUGAAUCCGAUAAUUAUGCCAACUUACUGGAUGCUACACUACAUACUGUAUAUAGAUUGUCUAAGAACAGAAUGUUAACAAAAGGUCAACGAGAAGCUGUAUCUGACUUUUUAGUGGCCCUAACAAGUCAAAUGCAACCUAGCAUGCUUUUGAAACUUUUAAGGAAACUCACUGUUGAUGUAUCUAAUUUAUCUGAAUAUACAACUGUUGCUUUGCGUUUAUUGACAUUACAUUAUGAUCGAUGUGCAAAAUAUUAUGGAUCAACAGGGGGUCAAGGAUUAUAUGGUGCAUCUAGCGAUGAAGAGAAAAGAUUGACAAUGAUGUUAUUCAGUAAUAUAUUUGAUUCACUAUCUAAAAUGGAUUACGAACCAGAAUUGUUUGGAAAAGCUUUACCAUGUUUAUCAGCUAUUGGAUGCGCUUUACCUCCAGAUUAUUCUCUUUCUAAAAAUUAUGACGAUGAAUGGUAUGGAUCCAAAGGGAAUAUUCAAGGACCAACUGAUGGACCAUACAACCCACAGCCAAUCAAUACCAAUAGUAUUAUACUGGAUAACGAUUUAAAUACAAUCGUACAAAAAUUCUCUGAACAUUAUCAUGAUGCUUGGGCCAGUCGAAAAUUAGAAAAUUCUUGGAUUUACGGAGAACAGUACAAUGAUGUUAAUAAAACUCAUCCACGCCUUAAACCAUAUAUGAUGUUGAGUGAAUACGAGAAGGAAUUAUACAAGGAACCGGUGAGAGAAGCUUUAAAAGCUUUAUUAGCUAUUGGUUGGAGUAUUGAACAUUCUGAAAGUGAUGAGCCACUUAGUAAUAGAGGAUCAAUUCGUCGUCAGUCGAAACCAAAUGAAAACUUAACACCGUUCAAUUACCAUCCGAAUCCACUGGAUAUGACUAAUCUAACACUAACCAGAGAAAUGCAAAAUAUGGCUGAACGGCUAGCUGAAAACUCUCAUGAUAUUUGGGCCAAAAAAAAGAAAGAAGAACUUAUGAUAUGUGGAGGAGGAAUCCAUAAUCAAUUAGUACCUUAUGACUUAUUAACUGAUAAAGAAAAGAAAAAAGAUAGAGAAAGAUCCCAAGAAUUCCUAAAGUAUCUUCAGUAUCAAGGCUAUAAACUACACAGACCAAAUCAUAAUGGAGGACCAACCGAAGCUGAACAAUUGAUAGCAGCUUCUACAGGCGAGCUACGAUUUUCAUACAGUCUUCUCGAAAAAUUAAUUCAGUACACUGAUCGUGCCUCAAUUAACAUGAAACUUUUAAAACCUUCUGACACUUUUAGUAGACGAUCUAGUUUCAAAAUCUGUACACGAGACAUAAAGUUCUUCUCAAAAGUUGUUCUACCACUCGUAGAAAAAUAUUUCAGCACUCAUCGUAACUAUUUUAUUACAGUAGCAACAGCUUCUAGUAUUUUAGGAGCUGCAUCUCUAAAAGAAAAAGAAAUGGUGGCUAGUUUGUUUUGCAAGUUGGCAAAUCUAUUAAGAUCCAAAUUAACAGCAUUUGGAGCAGAUGUCCGUAUUACAGUCAGAUGUCUUCAAGUACUUGUGAAAGCUAUUGACGCCAAGUCUUUGGUGAAAAAUUGUCCAGAAUUUAUAAGAACUUCAAUGUUAACAUUUUUCCAUAACAUUGCUGAUGACUUGGAACAUACAAUCCAAAACUUACAUGAUAGUAGGUAUUGUUAUCUUCGGGGAACACACCUAAAAACUUCCACUUCUUUAUAUUAUGUUACCGACGUUAUUUUACCUGUUCUAUCAUCCCUUUUUGACCAUUUAGCUGCCUGUGAAUAUGGAAAUGAUCUUUUAUUGGAUGAAAUACAAGUAGCUUCAUACAAAAUACUCAGUAGUUUAUAUACUCUGGGAACGGACAUUACCUUAACACACGACAGAAAAUAUUUGAAAGUUCAAUUGGAAAGGCAUCGACCUGCAUUUGGUAGUUGUCUUGGUGCGUUUAGUUCAACAUUUCCUGUUGCUUUUCUUGAACCACAUCUAAACAAACACAAUCAAUAUUCUUUACUCAACCGCAUAGCAGAUCACUCUCUUGAAGCUCAAGAUAUUAUGUCACGCAUGGAGGGCACUAUGCCUACUUUAGAAGCCAUACUAAAUGAAGUUGAUCAGUUUAUCGAAUCUGAUAAAACUUACGUAGAUGCACCACAUAUAAUAGAUGUUGUCUUACCCUUAUUAUGUUCGUACUUACCAUUCUGGUGGGCCCAAGGACCAGAUAAUGUGGCUUUGACUUCUGGAAAUCACGUGACAAUGGUGACAAGUGAACACAUGAAUUGCUUAUUAAAAAAUGUUUUGAAACUUAUUAAAAAAAAUAUCGGAAAUGAUAAUGCUCAGUGGAUGACUCAAAUAGCUGCUUAUACACAACAAAUUAUAAUAAAUUCAUCCGAAGAACUUUUGAAAGAUCCCUUCUUACCGUUAGCUGAACGUGUUAAAAAGCGUACAGAGACAUUAUAUCAUAAAGAGGAGUCAUUAAGAGGAUUUAUUAAAUCAUCUACUGAAGACACUUCUCAGAUUGAAGCGCAAAUACAAGAAGAUUGGAUGUUGGUAGUCAGGGAUAUAUAUGCAUUCUAUCCACUUUUGAUUAAAUACGUUGAUCUCCAACGCAAUCAUUGGUUACGCAAUAAUGUUGUAGAAGCAGAAGAUCUGUAUAAUCACGUAUCAGAAAUAUUUAACAUAUGGUCGAAAUCGCAGUACUUUUUGAGAGAAGAACAAAAUUUCAUUUCUGUCAAUGAGAUUGAUAACAUGAUACUUAUUAUGCCAACUGCAUCGCGAAGGUCAGCCGUUAUAUCUGACACAUCACUUGGUGCAUCCGUAGGAAAGAAAAAGAAAAAACAUAGAGAUAAAAAAAGAGAUAAAGAAAAAGAAAUUCAAGCAUCUUUGAUGGUAGCUUGUUUAAAAAGACUUUUGCCUGUUGGAUUAAAUUUAUUCGCGGGGCGUGAGCAAGAAUUAGUACAACACUGCAAGGAUCGAUUUUUGAAGAAAAUGCCAGACUAUGAAGUAGUUCAGUUUGUCAAAACUCAACUUACACUCCCCGACAAAUUGGAUCCAGCUGAUGAAAUGUCUUGGCAACACUAUUUAUACUCAAAGUUGGGUAACAAAAAGGAUUCCAUAGAAAUUAAGCCACAGCAAGUAGACGAAGUGGCUGAUAGAAUCGUAGCUAUGGCAAAAGUUUUGUAUGGAUUACACAUGUUGCCUCACAGUAAUAACCAAUUGAACCGUCUGGGAUGGAGAACCUUAUUAUCGGUGGCCAGGAAACGGGCUGCUAUUGCCUGUCUUAGAAUGUCUCCGUUACACAGCAUACGAAGACAUCGAGCAGUUAAUAUUUUUGUCCGGUCAUAUUACGAACUAUGGCUUCAAGAUGAGAAUAUUGGCCAAGAAGUGAUGAUAGAAGACCUGACGCAAUCAUUUGAAGAAGCUGAAUUAAAGAAGCGUGAUAAGGAACAAGACGAAGGAAAGGCAGAUCCAUUAAACCAAAUGGUAACUACAUUUUGCAGAGGUGCAAUGACUGAAAGAAGUGGUGCAUUGCAAGAAGAUCCGCUUUACAUGUCUUACGCUGAUAUUUUAGCCAGAUCUUGUGGUGAAGAAGAAGAGGAAGGUGGCGACGAUGAAGAUGAAUUAUCUGGUGGUAGUGCCAAUGCAAAUGGAGAAGAAGAAGGAAACGCUUCUAUACAUGAACAAGAAAUGGAGAAACAAAAACUCCUAUUCCAUCAAGCAAGAUUGGCUAAUCGUGGGGUUGCUGAAAUGGUGUUACUUCAUAUAUCUGCAUGUAAAGGAAUCCCAAGUGAGAUGGUAAUGAAAACUCUUCAAUUAGGCAUAGCUAUUUUGCGAGGUGGCAACUUAGAUAUUCAAAUGGGUAUGUUGAAUCAUCUAAAAGAAAAGAAAGACGUAGGAUUCUUUACGUCAGUAGCUGGCUUAAUGAACUCUUGCAGUGUACUUGAUCUUGAUGCUUUUGAAAGAAAUACCAAAGCUGAAGGUUUGGGUGUCGGAUCAGAAGGAGCAGCUGGUGAAAAAAAUAUGCAUGAUGCUGAGUUUACAUGUACAUUAUUUAGGUUCAUUCAGUUAACCUGUGAAGGACACAAUCUAGACUGGCAAAAUUACCUCAGAACACAAGCGGGAAAUACGACUACUGUUAAUGUUGUAAUUUGUACUGUUGAUUACUUGCUUAGACUUCAGGAAUCUAUUAUGGACUUUUACUGGCACUAUUCAAGUAAAGAGCUUAUUGAUCCAGCAGGAAAAGCAAAUUUUUUUAAAGCUAUUGGCGUCGCUAGUCAAGUUUUUAAUACAUUAUCUGAGGUUAUUCAAGGUCCGUGUACUCAAAAUCAACAAGCUCUGGCUCAUUCUCGAUUGUGGGAUGCAGUAGGAGGAUUUCUAUUUUUGUUUUCACAUAUGCAAGACAAACUUUCUAAACACUCAAGUCAAGUUGACCUACUAAAAGAACUUUUAAAUUUGCAAAAAGAUAUGAUAACUAUGAUGUUAUCUAUGUUAGAAGGAAAUGUGGUGAAUGGAACAAUUGGCAAACAAAUGGUAGAUACAUUAGUUGAAUCUGCAUCAAAUGUUGAGUUAAUAUUAAAGUAUUUCGACAUGUUCUUAAAACUAAAGGAUUUAACUAGCUCUACUAGUUUUGCUGAAAUUGAUGUCAAUAACGAUGGUUGGGUACAUCCUAAGGACUUCAAAGAGAAAAUGGAGCAGCAAAAGAGUUAUACUGCAGAAGAAAUUGAAUUCAUGUUGCAGUGCUGUGAAUCUAACCACGAUGGUAAAAUUGAUUAUAUAGGUUUUACUGAUCAAUUCCAUGAACCAGCCAAAGAAAUUGGUUUUAAUCUAGCAGUACUACUUACCAAUUUAUCGGAACACAUGCCUAAUGAGCCAAGACUGACAAGAUUUUUAGAAACAGCAAGUAGUGUUCUUAACUAUUUCCAGCAAUUCUUAGGCAGAAUUGAAAUUUUAGGUGGUAGCAAACGUAUUGAAAGAGUAUACUUUGAAAUCAAAGAGUCAAAUAUUGAACAGUGGGUUAAACCUCAAAUCAGGGAAUCAAAACGGGCAUUCUUCUAUUCUAUCGUAACCGAAGGUGGUGAUAAAGAAAAACUUGAGGCAUUUGUUAACUUUUGUGAAGAUGCUAUUUUUGAAAUGCAACAUGCUAGUGGUUUGAUGGCUGUUGAUGAAAGUUCAGGAAUAGGAGGUGGCAAAUGUAGGAAAACUUCUUAUACAUACCUUUCUGACGACGAUGAACACAACACUGCCAAAGAUCCAGUCAGAAGAAGUAUUCAAACAAUGAAGGAUGGUUUCCGAUUAUUAUUUUUUACAUUAUCUCCCACUAACAUAAAAAAUAAAAUUGACGAAAUGCAACGAAUGACAACGAUUGAAUUGAUUACAUCUUUUUUCAAAUUAUGGUUUUAUUUGAUGUUUUAUACAGGCUAUAGCGGAUUUUAUAUAUUGAGAUACAUUUCACGUAUAUUGAUGCAUUUAAUGAAUGGAGGAACACAAUCUGAAGAAACUGAAGUAGAAAUUGUGGAAGAAAAGAUUGGAUCCUUUAGAAUGUUGCCAGCGUUACCAUCUUCAGGCUUGGACGAGUCACCUUUAUCUCUCACAGCUAACUCAGACAAUUAUACCUCGACAAAAUCAAAUAGUGUACUACAACAGUCUGGUCAAGAUCGUGAACUAAAAAAUAAAGAUGAUGUUUCAGCCACUUCGACUGAAAUUAACGACGAUGGAUCACAAAAAUCACCGGAAGAUGUUGCCGAUAUUCAGCCUUCGUUCGUCGAUUUAUUAAUUGGUGAAACAGCUAGAAAAGAUUCUAUAGCUGGUCCAGAAGUAUUAGCUCAACAGCAAGCUGUUAUGGCGGCUGUAGAAGCUGAAGUUAAACAGAAAUAUUCAUCUAAUAAUGCCAGCGCAUUUUCACAAAUCGACAUCAAUGCUUAUACUCACAGAGCAUUAAGCUUUUUGGCCAGAAACUUCUACAAUCUCAAAUAUGUUGCUCUAGUAUUGGCUUUUUGUAUUAAUUUUAUACUUUUAUUUUAUAAGGUCUCAACAUUAUCAGAAGACUUGGCGGAUGAUACUGAAAGCAAAACUUUAGCAUUAGGUACAGGUGUUGAACCUGAAAAUAUCGAUAGUGACGAUGACAAUGAUGUUAUAGAAUUAGUCCAUGUUGAUCAAGAUUUCUUUUAUAUGGCACACGUUAUGCGAUUGGCGGCUUUAUUACAUUCCCUAGUUUCGUUGGCCAUGCUCAUAGCGUAUUAUCAUCUCAAAGUGCCUUUAGCGAUAUUCAAACGAGAAAAAGAAAUAGCAAGACGACUUGAAUUUGAUGGUCUAUAUAUAGUUGAACAACCUGAAGACGAUGAUAUUAAAUCUCAUUGGGAUAAGCUGGUCAUUUCUGCCAAGUCUUUUCCAGUUAACUAUUGGGAUAAAUUUGCUAAGAAAAAAGUACGACAAAAGUAUAGUGAAACCUAUGACUUUGAUUCGAUAAGCAAUCUAUUAGGUAUGGAGAAAACAUCAUUCAGUACUCAAGAAACAGGAAAUGAAGAGGGAACUGGACUAAUUAACUUUAUUGUUAACAUCGAUUGGAGAUAUCAAGUAUGGAAAGCUGGAGUAACUAUAACAGACAAUGCUUUUCUUUACAGUUUGUGGUACUUUACGUUUUCUAUUUUGGGUAACUUCAACAACUUCUUUUUCGCCGCUCAUUUAUUAGAUGUAGCUGUUGGUUUUAAAACACUUCGAACAAUUUUACAGUCAGUAACUCACAAUGGCAAACAGUUGGUUUUGACCGUAAUGCUUCUUACCAUUAUUGUAUACAUAUACACUGUAAUUGCAUUCAACUUCUUCAGAAAAUUCUACGUUCAAGAAGAAGAUAAUGAAGUGGAUAAAAAGUGUCAUGAUAUGUUAACGUGUUUCGUAUUUCACUUAUACAAAGGAGUAAGGGCUGGUGGAGGUAUAGGUGACGAAAUUGAACCACCUGAUGGUGACGACUAUGAAGUAUACAGAAUAAUGUUUGAUAUAACGUUUUUCUUCUUCGUCAUCGUUAUUUUACUAGCUAUCAUUCAAGGUUUGAUUAUUGAUGCAUUUGGAGAACUUCGUGACCAACUCGAAAGUGUAAAAGAAGACAUGGAAUCAAACUGUUUUAUAUGUGGAAUUGGAAAAGAUUACUUUGAUAAAGUACCACACGGAUUUGAUACUCAUGUACAACAAGAGCAUAAUUUAGCCAAUUACAUGUUUUUCCUUAUGCACUUGAUUAAUAAACCUGAUACUGAAUACACUGGUCAAGAAACUUAUGUGUGGAACAUGUAUCAACAAAGAUGCUGGGACUUUUUCCCUGUUGGUGACUGUUUCCGUAAACAAUAUGAAGAAGAGUUAGGAGGUGGUGGUGGCGUUUGAUGAUUUUUAAAUGGUUAUGAAUCAAAAUAAUUACUAGUGUGUGUAAUUGUACACACUAUUUUUUUAUUGCUGUAGAUUAUAUUUGUAACAAUUUUUUGGCAAUUAUAGGAUUAAAUCAAUAAAUAAA